AUGGACGAGUCACAGCCCAAGACCCUGUAUGUGGGCAACUUUGACAAUUCGGUGUCUGAGGAAUUGCUAUGGUCACUCUUUGCACAGAUUGACAUGGUGAAGAAUUGCAAGAUAAUUAGGGAACCUGCCAAUGAUCCCUAUGCAUUCAUUGAAUUUACCAAUCAUCAGUCAGCGUCCACAGCACUGACCGCCAUGAAUAAGAGACUCUUCCUGGACAAGGAGAUGAAAGUUAAUUGGGCCACGAGUCCAGGAAAUCAGCCAAAAGCUGACACUAGUUCCCACCAUUACAUUUUCGUUGGGGAUUUGAGUCCGGAAAUUGAGACAGAGACCCUGAGGGAGGCUUUUGCACCCUUUGGAGAAAUUUCCAAUUGUCGCAUUGUGCGCGAUCCGCAAACAUUGAAAUCCAAGGGAUGUGCCUUUGUGUCGUUCGUGAAGAAGGCUGAAGCUCAGAAUGCCAUUCAGUCGAUGAAUGGACAGUGGCUGGGCUCUAGGUCAAUUCGUACCAACUGGAGCACCCGCAAACCACAACCACCGCGUGAAACGAGCAAGGGUAUCAAGGGUGGUAAGCCAUCGUACGAAGAGAUUUACAAUCAGACCAGUCCAACAAAUGCCACGGUGUACUGUGGAGGCUUUGCAGCCAAUGUGAUCAGCGAGGAGCUGGUGCACAAGCACUUUGGCCAAUUUGGCGCCAUUCAGGAUAUCAGGGUGUUCAAGGAUAAGGGCUAUGCCUUUAUCAAAUUCACCACAAAGGAAGCCGCAACGCAUGCCAUCGAAGCCACUCACAACACCGACAUCAACGGACAGCCCGUCAAGUGCUUCUGGGGCAAGGAGAAUG